CGCACAUUCCGUUUCAUCUCCUUUUUCCACGACUCGUGAGCUGCCAAGUGCUCCUUACUCUCACCUCGCCUUACUGCUUUAUCUCUGUCGCACCCACCCUCCAUCUUUCCCUAAACCAUCUGGUCACCUUAAACCCUCAAACGUUUGCGCCUUCCAUCGUCAAAUUCUUUCACAUACAUUUAUUUUUUAUUUUUCUCUCUCUUUUUCUUUUUCAAGGAAAAUUAAUCUUUUUGGUUUUCAUUUAUGGGGAAAAGAAAGAGGAGGUCCGAUAACAAGAAAACACCACCACCUCCAGACUUGGCACAAUGUGAACCCACGUUGGAUCUCACGUCCGAGCAGAGAUCUUCUGAACCGGCUGAAAGCAGUGCAACACAACGUCCACCGUCCUUUAUGGAAGCUUUGAAUAACUCUAUUAAGAAAUCCCCUCUCGAUCAAAACCAUGGCCCCACUUCUCAUUUGUUAUUGUCGAGAACUUCUCGUCAUACAUUGGGUCGUCAUUAUUCCAGACGAAACUCGAAUAUCACUUGUGAUGCCUCCCCUUCCAACUCCAAGGGCCCUCCAUAUGAUCAUAAGUUGUCAUUCAUACUAGACAGACAGGACAUUUCAGGCUCCCCAUAUAGUGACAGCCGAGGCCAAAUAUUCGUGAAACCUGAGAGGAUAAGGUCAAACUCAUUUGCCCAGAAUGGGGACUUGCGUAAAAUGGUGUGUAGGAUAUGUAAUAAGCGUCUAAGGAAGCAUCCUUUUGUGAUCGAUAAUUCAAUCUCUUCCAGUGAUCUUUCUGUUGUGGCAGUUUUAGUGUGUGGCCACACUUAUCAUGCAGAUUGCCUGGACCAGAAAACUGAUCAGGAAGAAAAGCACGACCCUACUUGCCCGCUUUGUGUAUGCCGGACAUAAUAAAAGCUUGAUAUGAAAAAGUUUGCGUGCGUUUGCAGGCUUUUUUUUCCAACUUGAGCUGGAAAGCAAGCAAUCAAUUAAAUUAGCAUGUUAAGGUCGAAAUGCACUUAGCAUCGGCACAUUAAUUAGGUUUCGAUGAUGUUAUGUGCUUUAUAUAUGAGUUUCAAUGGUGUUAUGUGCUUCAGAUAUGACUUUCAAGAUGAUGGAAGUUGAGAUAUAAUAAGGCCUUGAAAGGUUGAUUAGGUGUAGACUUGUAAUAUUUCUGCGCUUGUUGCCUUUAUAUGCUUAUAUAUGUUUGGCUAGUAGAAAAUCCUUAACAUAUGAUGUAUGGAUUGUGAUGCAUAAUAAGUUUUACUUAUUAUUUUUAUUUUGAAACUAGAUUUAUGAAUUUGUUCUGUUUGUGAUUUAAUGAAGGAUGGUUUUUUCGG